UGUUUUUUUUCCACUUCCCUCGCUCCUUUGCCUCUGCUUCUGCAGAUGUGGACAAAUUUCAGCCUGAGGGUUAAACAUUAGGUCCGUCACACGGCUGAAACUCCAGCUGGAGAGGAGGACAAACAGGAGGGAAGUGAAGCCGAGCUGCUGGCUGGGUCGUUUGGCUCGGACAGAUGGAUUCUUUCUCUGGGGAUAAUGAAGAAAGCGCCGAGGAAAUUACAAAACGUAAAAGCUCCAAAAUCAAGUCUCUAAAAACCCGUUUCUUCAGGAGGGGUAAGAAAACGGGCUCAGAGGCCGAUGCCAAGCUCAGCCAGUCGGCCAGUGAUAUAACAGCUAGAAAAGUACUUGGUUCAGAUGAAGAUUUAGCCUCUCAGGGUACGAUGGGAUCCAGAGCAUUUUCCCACGACAGCAUCUUUCUGGCUGAUGAGGGCCUUUCAGACCCUGAUCCAGUCCGGCUUUCAUCUCAGGAGAAUGUUCACAGCAAAAUUAAAUCUCUGCAGAUGAAGUUGCAGCUGCAGAAAAUGCAUUUCGGGCCACCCCCCAUGGUUCUACCAAUCAGGAGUCCAGAGGAAACCGCUCACAAGUCGGAGCACCUGUCUUUCCAAAGCUGUAAUGAAACUUUGGAAGAGGAAAACUUCACAAAGACAAAAUCUCAGCCAACCUCUCCUCCAGUCUCACCCGUCUCCAGAUUUGCCCAAACAAGAUUUCAUCCCCCAAUUCAGUUUUCUUACUCUGCACCCAACUACUGCUCAACAACUGCUGCUGAGGCCCCGGUAGACUUCAGCGCACCAGCCAAAUUCACCGCCUCUUUGGAUACAUCUGCUGCGCGACACAGGAUGUCCAUCAAACCCAGAAACCAGAGGGCCACUUCUAAGAGGAAGCCGCCUUCUGGGAUUCAAUCUGGGUCCCUUUUGCAUGAUCUCAAAACCACUGAUUACUUUGAGCUUGUGCAAGAACAAGAACAAGAACAAGAACAGGAGGUUGUUGUUCAACCAGAGGAAACAAAGGAGAAAGAACAGGUCGAUCCUUUCCAACUUUCUCCUAUAGAAUUUGAAGAUGUGCCCCCAAUUUUAUCUGAAGUUGUACCCAAAUUACCCAGUCCAACUGUUAGCCUGCAGGACAAGGCCCUUCCUGAGACAGAAGCCCCCCCAGUUCUUCGAGUCAAGCCUUCCAGGCUUCUGGAUGUAUUGAACAGUAAACGGCCGCACUCGUCCUACAUUGAGUCCGAAAUAAAGGAGAAAAUUGUCAAAGAUUUGGAAAGCAAAGUAAUGCCCCAAAACAAGAGACAUACCUUUAUUACCAGUGUGACAGAACUCUCCUCUGACCAGAGCUCACCCUUCAGCUCAUUGUUUGAAACCAGGGCAUCUCCUGCUCAGCAGCAGCAUCUUCAAAAAGAAGAGGACGCCUCAACAAGGUUAAAGAGACCAUCCCCAGGAUCCGGCUCGUUGUAUUUGCCCAGAAACAGAGAGGGAGAAAGACCUCGAACUGGCAGCUUCACGGGAGUCCUAGAAAAGCCUGAAGCCAAGGCUAAAACAACUGAGGAAACAGAAGAGAAAAUCACGAGAGAAAAGGAGGAAGUAAAAAUUUUACAUCCUAUAGGAGACCCCUGUGCUGCAGAAAGAACGGACUCAUCUCCCCCAUGGGAGAGAUAUUUUAGCUUUAAAAAAAAAGAACCAGGGACACCAGUGAGAAACGCUACCUUAGACACCAGCCUGAUGGAGGCAGUGAGAGUGGAAAGCACCCAGGAGCUAGUGGAUGAAGCCGAGGAGGCAAAAGAGCUUCCAGAGAGUGAAAUAAAGACACCAUUCGGCGUUAAGCUUCGCUCCACAUCGAACUCUUUCAAGCAUCGUUCUGAAACAGCUUCUCAGCGCCAUUCGGCAACGUUUCUGUCCGAUGACCAAGACGAUACAAAGAAAACGUCGAACAUUUGCGAAAGUUCCAAUCAAAUGUCUGAAAAGCUACAUGCAAACAUCAGCUGCUCGCUCAAAUCAUCAGAUCAAGCUGCUUUUAGCGUCACCCUUCCAGCAAGGCAUAACACUUCAUUUGAAGAAAGUCCUCAAACCACCCCCACGGAAGUCCAGCCAACCUCCUCUAACCAAAGGGAAACUGAGCCCGCCCCCCUGGAGCCUCGGCCUAGCCCCCAAACGUCCUCACCUGAGACCUCCUGGAUAAGUCUGGCCAUGCAAAAGACAAGGAGCUUCCAACAUCUUUUUACCAGCAGAUUUCAAAGAGAUUUUACUGCCGCACCAACUACAGUUUGUCCUAAGAAUCAAGAAGAGACAACGCCUCAUAUGCAGAGUCAGGCUGUAAAGAUUCAACAAAACACAACACAGCUGCCGUUGGACCCAAUGAAGGACGAAUCAGUUCAAAGCGGUUGUCAAGAGCAGGCUGCCAAACCUUUAACAAGGGGGGGGUCAAAGAAGCUGACGCUGAUAUCUCAGUUUGAGUCAUACAGCUCUAAAGACUCUUCAAUGUGUCCACAAAUAAGCCAAGGUCAGACACAGCCUCAAUCAGACGCUCAGACCAGCCCCAGAACAACCCAGUCUCCCUCGCGCUCGUCUCCCCAAAUGGGUCUCUCAUCUCCAUUUACACGAGGGAAUGCACCACAUUCCUACUUGUCCUCAGUCCAGCAGGAAACCUCCUGGAGCAAUAGAGUUCUUCAACCUGUUGUCACCCAGCACAAACCCAUACAUUCAGCGCUGGAGUCAGAACCUGCAGUCACAUCGGCUGCAGCUCCUACUCUGGACUCUGCCUUGGAGAGAAGAGAGAGAGAAGGCAGUGUUCUAAAAGAGAGUCCUUCCCUCGUAAGCAAGCGGGUGCUGUGGACGGGAUCAGGGGUCGACAGAGCCCUCUUUCAGGAGAAACGAGGCGACUGUUCAAUGUCGCCGUUACUGAAGGAGUUGGAACAGAGGAAAACUCAAACACAAAUGCAGACCUUGGAGGACUCUGAUGCUUUGGCUACACUUUUCCCUUUAAGCAAAGAUACAGGGGAGAUUAGACAAGGGGCCAAAUCAGCAGAAUCAAGCCCCUUUAGGGUUUUAGAAAGGCCUCAUGAGGACAGAUGGACCCGCAGGAACGUGGAGUCACCCUCAUCCCCGUCUUCAAUGUCGCCAUUUCUAAAGGAGUUGGAACAGAGGAAAACUCAACCACAAAUGCAGACCUCGGAGGACUCUGAUGCUUUGGCUACGCUUUCCCCUUUAAGCAAAGAUACAGGGGAAAUUAGACAAGGGACCAAAUCAGCAGAAUCAAGCCCCUGUAGGGUUUUAGAAAGGCCUCGUGAGGACAGAUGGACCCGCAGGAACGUGGAGUCACCCUCAUCCCCGUCUUCUUUACGCUCUCAUUCUUCAGUGCCGAACAGUGACAGCGGCCAACCGUCCUGGAUGGAGCUGGCCAAGAGGAAGUCAAUGGCUUGGAGUGAUAAGAGCAUGCACUAAAAAGGGAAGCUGAGAGAUUUAAAGUUUCUCGGAAACUGGAACAAGUACUGCUUGAAAUGAAAGAAUAAGACAAAAGCUGAGUGAAGCCUGGAAGGUGUUUAUCAGAUGUGGUUUAAAACCUUCCUUUUUAUUCAGUCACAAAGUUUUAUCGUUCUAGAAACAGAAAGAAAGACUGAACAGACUGACAUUUCUAUAUACUCCAUCUUUAUGAUAAGAUGUGUUUAUGAAUAAUUUGUAAUGAUG